AUGGCAUUAACCAUGUCCGUCGAGACCCCUCCAUCACCACCAUUGUCCACCGAGCCACCACCACCACCAUCACCACUGUCGUCGUCAUCUGAGCCUCCUUCAUCCUACGAUCUCGCACUGCUCGACACAAAUAUCGAAGAAAGCAACGGUGACGAAUCCGAUGCCCUCCAUAAUUCUACCCAAUACCCAACGAUCCAGAAUCAAGAUACUGUUGAUAAAACCUCAAACAUCCCUACCAACGGGGUUAUCGAAGAAAACACCCCAAACAACACCAUGUCCAUGGAGACGCCUCCACCACCACCACCACCACCACCAUCCUCUGAAUCUGUAGAGACCUCUCCACCACCACCACCGCCACCCUCUGAGUCUGUGGACACCCUUCCACCACCACUCUCUGUGUCUGUGGACACCGCUCCACCACCACCAUCCUCUGAGUCUGUAGAGACCUCUCCACCACCACCACCACCACCAUCCUCUGAAUCUGUAGAGACCUCUCCACCACCACCACCGCCACCCUCUGAGUCUGUGGACACCCUUCCACCACCACUCUCUGUGUCUGUGGACACCGCUCCACCACCACCAUCCUCUGAGUCUGUAGAGACCUCUCCACCACCACCACCACCACCAUCCUCUGAAUCUGUAGAGACCUCUCCACCACCACCACCGCCACCCUCUGAGUCUGUGGACACCCUUCCACCACCACUCUCUGUGUCUGUGGACACCGCUCCACCACCACCAUCCUCUGAGUCUGUAGAGACCUCUCCACCACCACCACCACCCUCUGAGUCUGUGGACACCCUUCCACCACCACUCUCUGUGUCUGUGGACACCCCUCCACCAUCUCCAUCCUCUGAGUCUGAGCUUCUGUCCACCGAGACGUCUUCACCGCCGCCAACCUCUGUCAACAUUUGCAAUACGGAAAUUAUUGAAGAAAACGCCCCAAACAAAUCCUAUUCCUCCCAUUCUCCCAAACAAGUCCAGACGACCCAGAACCAAAACACUGAUGGGAAACCUGCGAAAAAACCGGCUUUCUCCAUUAAAGCAAAGAUAAAAAAGUUCUCAGUUAGGGCUUUACGAGAUCGCUUCACUUCCAAGCGCAAACCCCAGCCAGUUGUCAAGCAACCCAAAAAAAAAAACCCCAAUGAUGAAACAGACUCUCUUUCCAACUUGAUAAGUGCUGAUUUAGGUUACAUGGAGAAGGCCUCGAAGAAGCUCGACGAGCAGAAAAAACAUGUGGAUAAACAAGUCAAAGAUGCAUCCGAGAAAUUGGUUAAGCUCAAAAAGGAUCAAAAGGUGCAAGAACUUCGCAAACUAAAGAAGACCGUGACCAAAUUGAAGCUUAAGGUCCCUCCAAAUUACAAGAUUGAUGCAAAAGAAAAAGACCCCCAUGGGAAUCGACAACCCGAUGGUGCUAUAGGAAGCAAGGAAGAAAUUCCCCCAGAAGUGCUCAAGAAAAUGCCUAAAUUAUACAAUGCAAAUACCUUUGAGAACAGCUGGGAGUUUCAAGAUUUCAUGGCACGUUUCAGUGGGCUUAGGAUUGAACUGAAACUUUGUUUGUCGUGUUUCGCGGUGUUCCCUGAAGAUGCUAUCAUAAAGAAGAGGCUCAUGGUCUAUUGGUGGAUUGGAGAAGGUUUUGUACCACCAAUCAAUGAGGGCAUCGAGAACCCAAAAAAAACCGCGGAGGAACAUGGCAACGACUUCUUCGACAAGCUUAUGGAAUUAGGCUUUAUCGAGCCGGUCAAUGAGAGGUGGAGUCUCGUUGCGGGCAGUUGCAGAAUGCACCCUUUUAUGCGUAAUGCAGUAGUUACGCUUGCAGAGAGGGCAAAGUUUUUUGAUUUUGAUCCGAAAGGCUAUCCAAUGGUGACAUUCGGGAGUUCCUACCGGGCGUGCUUGUUGGGGACGGGUUUUGAAAAUACUGAAAAUUUUGAGAAACUUCAUAUGCUGUUUAAUGUUAGAGAGACUAUUCUUGAAUUUGAGCCAACGUGGUUAUUGAGGAUGAGAGAUGUCAAUGUUUUCCAUCUGGGAAGGUGGAAGGCCUCGGCUACUCAGCACGUUGAAGUUGAGAAACCCAACUUUUUGGAAGGCUUGAAGAAAAUGAAACAUCUGAGAUUUUUCAGCCUUCAAGGAAUCUCUGGAAUCACUGAGCUCCCCGAAUGCAUUUCGCAGCUCACGUAUUUAAUGAUUCUUGAUCUCAGAGCCUGUCAUGAUCUUGAAGUAAUUCCAGAAGGAAUUGGGUCGCUAGAGAGCUUGACACACUUGGACAUGUCCGAGUGUUACCUGCUCGAACAUAUGCCCAGGAAGCUUGCAAAGCUCACCAAACUCCAAGUCCUUAAGGGGUUUGUAGUUGGAGAUAAAAAGCGAAAGGACUCAUCGUGCACUCUUGACGAUUUGGCAAAACUACCAGGGCUCACAAAAUUGAGCAUUUACACAUGUAUGAAGAUCUUCCCUGAAGUUGAACAUGUGAAUGCUCUUGGAAAAUUUCCGGCACUUCUGAAGCUAACAAUUGAAUGGGGAGGGGGUGCUUCGCAACGUAAACCAGACAGCAAGCCUCUCGUGCAGAAAACAAAUGAUGGAGGAGAUAAAAAGAAAGACAGUGAACUGAUAGCCACUGGAGGAGAGAAAAAGAAAGACAAUGGAUUGGUUGCUAGUGGAGGAGAUAAAAAGAAAGACAAUGGAUUGAUAGCCACUGCCAAGAAACCACGAGUAGAAAGAGCACUGAGCAAAAUAUAUACCAUGAAGCAUCCAACAAUUCCGACAUCUUCAACAAGUCCGACACUUCCUUCAAGACUGAAGAAACUGGACCUUAAGUGUUUUCCUAAGAGAACAACAGCAGAUUGGCUAAAGCCUGCCAAUCUGCAGGGCCUGGAGAAACUCUACAUCAGAGGAGGAAAAUUCUUCGAUCUUGGUCAGUUUCAGGACCUUGCCAGGAAGGACAAGUGGGCAGUAGAGCAAUUGCGUCUGAAGUACUUGACUGAAUUGGAGGUGGACUGGAGAGAACUGCAGGAGUUAUUUCCCAACUUGUUUUACUUGGAGAAAGAAGAAUGCCCUAAACUCAGUUUCUUUCCAUGCAAUGCGAGUGGAGUGUGGAUGAACAAGAUGAAGAUAAAGCAGAAGGUAGAAGGUAAAGCAGUUGUAAGAGAUAGCAUUGCUAAUUAGCACCAUCUUUUUCCCGUUAAAUUGUCAAUUUUCUGUCCAAUGUUCUGGAUGGAUGAAUUCUGUUUCUUGUAUUUUUAUAUUUUUUUUGAUAGUUAUUUUGUUUUGUGUUUCUUGUAUGCUCAUUGCCGCAAUCAUUACUGGAUCCACAAUCUAUU